AUUACCGAUAGCGUUUUGUACAUACAUCGCUUAUAAAGAUCAAGGAAAAUUGAGUACGGAACGCAAAAUCGUACAAUUCGGCUGAUUUUUUGACGUGGACAUCGCUCAUAUUUCGCAUUUUAGCGGGUAGUUCAGUUUCAGGCCCCCGGUCUUUGUCGAAUCGCGGGCAUUGGUUCGAAAAUUGACAGGAUCCGCAAGAAAGUUUGCUUAGUGACAGUUCGUGCAAAGACUGUCCAAUAUCUAAGAGGCAAGUUUAUUAGAGACUGUGCGUUCAGUGCCGGCCCGAACAUCUGUAAAUCGAGAUGUUUUAUUGAUCGCUUGGCUUGCUGAUUUCUAAUAAUUUAAGGUGUCCGUUUCGCGUUCUUCGCUUGGAAUGUUUACGCGCGUUCCGUAUUCCCGCCAAACGCGUGUGCAGCAAACAUGGGCCUCCAUUUUGAGUAACUUCCUUGCAACGAGCAAUGACCGCUGUCAGAGCAAUGUUUAUGAGUCUUUUCCACGCUUCCAUUGUCUGUCAUAAUGGAGGCUAUCUUAGCAACGGACUGGAAAGAAAUCGCGUAGUACUAAGUGAAGAUUAACCAAGAUAUUUGAAACGAACGAAACCAAAACAUGGGCUGUAAUGCAUCAGUCGAAGACGGAGAGGAAAACCCUCAAAGUUCGGCUCUUGGAAAGUCCGAAAAAGGUGAGUUAAGUUUGCAGAGAAUAUGUUCUUAUCAGUUGCAAUUAUAAACAAAUUUCGAGCGAUAUAAGCCAGCUGACGAGCUAACUUGGCCCGAUUUCAAUACUCAAUUUCAUGAAUUCGCUCAUUUGUUUUCCUUUAUUACGUACUCGUUUUGAAUCGUCCAUAAAAUUGAUACAGUAAAAGAUUAAAACAGCAUUAUCUACAAGCAAUAUUUGAAAACCCCAAGUUGAAGAGGAUUAAGGAAGUUUUCUUAAUUCACAUGUUUUAUUUGCAUAGAUACUCUUGUCGAUUCAUGCUUUUUUCUACGUAAGUCUCGUUUGUUUUACAGCCAUACGGUCAGCAAUUUUAAUACAAAACUGGUUCAGACGGUACCAAGCUCGUCUUGAAGCUCGACGGAGAUGCACUUGGAAAAUCUUUCAAAGCGUUGAAUACGCUGGGGAACAGGAUCAAUUGAAGGUGACACUUAUCUUUUAAAUUAUAUUGUCAUCUUUGUUCUACUCCAAUAAUUACUUUCCACUUCGAGAAAAUAUUGUUUUCCUUCAUCGUGAGUAUAACACUCUAAAAUCUGUAUUGUUUUUGAAUGAAAUCGACAUUUCCCGCUUUAAAUUUUUUAAUUUCUAAUUCAUGGCUUCGGCGUCGAAUCUCGUCAAAUCCACCAAUUUAAUCCGUAGUCUUUCUGUUUUGAGGUGCAAAUUCGCUGGCUUCAAUAAUAUUAAAACGCUGUCAUGCGAAAGUGUAAAAUUCGAUUAACAGCUUUCAGGUUCCAGCUUUCUAUACAUGUUAAUAAAACAUAGUUAGUAAACUUUAUUUCGUGCUCAUAUUGAAAUCCCAUUUGGGCUAGUUUAUAUAAACUAAACACUUAAAAAACUCAAAUAUAUUAAUAUUUUCUGUUAACCAACUCAAUUUAUUAUUUUGUUUUUAAACUAUGGUAGCGAGUUUUCUAUUAAUAAGCUCAAGUCUUAUAACUUGUCUGUUUAUAGUUUUAAAUAAUUAUUGUUGUCUGUUUUGACCAUAUGGGGGGUACAAAUUACCAUAAUACUGCAAUAAGUUUGGUAAAAUUCACAAAAUUUUGGCAGAUUUAAUGUUUCCUAAAUAACUCAAAAUAAGUUAAAAAUUAGGGUUGGUGAUUAUAAAGACGAAAACAGAUUGAAGGCUAUAGACCAGCCAUUCAUACAUUUCUAUCAGUCUCCCAAAAUGCUCUAAUUUCCUGUGUUAUUAGUUAUUUAUGAAGUCGCUGCCAUGUCUAGCUUGACAGGUGCUUGGUUUUAUAUUUAUAUUAAUGUCAACGUAAUUAUUAUUUUACCAAUAAAAGUAUAGGAUUUUCAUGCAGGUUUUCUAUGACAACAUAGAAUAAUAAAUAAUAAAUUUUAAUAAUAAAUUUUAAAGUUGCCUCUUUUAUUUCAAUAUACCCUGAAAAAAUUAUUUCAUAAAACCAUGAGGAAUUUACAAGAAUGUACUGGUAUAUUAUAAACUGCAUCUGCAUAUACACUGGGAAGGUUUGAACCCAGGAAUCAUUGUAUAAGUAGGUUGAGCAUCGUCCAGGUGAACGUAUAGUUCUGAAUGGGACUGUUGUUGACAUUGACUGACGUCAACAUCAACUGAUAUGAUACAACUAGUUGUCACUUUGACUCUGGAGAUGACUACCGCACUGAGGUUGUCAAAACGUCAGUCACCGUCAACAACAGUCCUAUUCACGACUACAUGUACGUUCACCCGGACGAUCAUGCUGAACCUACUCAUGCAUAAACACUCUUAAUCCAAAAAAACUAUAUCCCAACAUCAGCAUUCAGCAAUCACAUCUGAUUAGUGAUUAUAUGAAAACCUGCCCUGAGUAUUCAGUGUAAUAAUGAUGUUGAGUGAAAUUAGGAGUUAUUUCAUGUAAGUUAUUACAUUUACUGCCCUCAAAAAGUCUAAAAAAGGGAAUGCAAUAUGCUUGAAAUUAUUCUAGUACAAGGUUUUUGUCCACUGAAAAUUAAGAUUGCUCAUCUUAAUGGAUUCUGUCCUAACAUGAUUCGUGCAUGGAAAUAUGUAUAGAAAAAGAAAGAGUUUUAAAAUUUAUUUCUAAAUUGAUUCUUUCAGUAUUACCGGCAUGAGUCUUGAGUUCUCUAAUAUAACUGUUAAUAGCUGCUUCCUAGAAAAACUUGGAAAACAAUAUUUUCUCGAUCAACUUAAGCCAAACAAAAUUAUCUCUUUUUAUUUUUUUGUUUUGCAGCUUUUUAACUUCUUCAAUGAUGUGCUUACCCAUGUUGGUGAUGGUAAGCUAAUAAUAUACAAAAUAUUCAAACUAUUGCCAUCAUUAUUGAUCCUUUUCUGUAACUUUUUUAUAUUUGCUGUAUUCUAACAGUUACUAUAUUAUAUAUUAACUUCUUUUGUUACAGGAGAGAAAAAAGCUGUAGGAAACAUGCGAAAUGGUUCUGCAAGUAUGUGGCUGACUUUCCUCAUUUUGUGCUUAAAUAUAGUAUUUUUAUAUGUAGGUGACCCUAGUAGUGGAAAGGCUAUCUAUUUAUUAAUCAAAAUACAAAAAUCAUAUAGUCUAUCCUGAUUUUUUGUCAAAGGUUGAGCACCUACCCUCAUUUUGAAACAGAGGUUCGGGGAAACUUGGAAAUGGCCCAUCAAGUUUAUGCUGUAAUGAGAAAUGUGUAACAAAGCACACCAACAGGUUCAUUGUCUGUUGACAGAGUUACUUUGUACAGUGUAAAAUAAAAAAAAAUAUAUAAAAAUAAUAUAAAUAUAAAAAUAGUGCAGAGAAUUUAAAUUCAAGGCAUAUGUAAUAAUAAUGGUAUGACUCAUGGUCAAUGCCUCAGGGAGGCUUGUACACUCAGCCCCAACCUCUCACAAUGCAGGAAAGGUGGACUGCAUCUUUGGGGUCUGAAUCCCCUGCUCGUUUUCAACCUGUCCAAUGUAAGGUGACUUAUCACCAUUAAAUAUGGGAGGCACAUGUAUGAAGGAGACAACCUGGCCAAUGGUUGGAUGUCACUGCUUAAAACCUUUGUCACUGCCUUUACGACCUUGGUUGAUUGGUGAUGUGAAAAAAAGGGUUAUAAACCACAGUAUCUGUACUUUCAACAGGCCAGCUGUCCUUUACAUGUAACUGAGCUAUUGUUAUAUAAUUAACUGGAUGACAAUGUCCACAAAGGUGACCAUCUCUCUUUUUAUCUUUCCCAGCCAGUGCAUCAUCGGUAACUUCCAAAAAGUCUGAAAAACUGGUACAACUCACUGAUCCCUCCAAGAUAACUGUAGAUGAAACAUCUUACCAAGGCCCACAUGUAUCACUGCCGCUUACACUCCUUACUGUACGGAACAUCAUUGAACACUACAAGGCAAACAAGGUUAGUAUUAAGUCUUAAACUCCAUCUGUCAACUCGCAUAAAUUUUCCACACACUGUACUUACAUUGUAAGACAUUUCGUAUGGCACUUGAGGGUGAAGAAUUUGUGCAUAAUCCAAAUUGAUGCUUUCUUGUGUGAAUCAGGUUUGUUGAUCAUUGCUCUCUUCCCUAGACCAAGGGUUUCUCCAUUCAAGGGCCACACAGAAAAGAAACUAAACACACUCCAAGCUGGAGAUAAUGUCUUACUCAGAUCUGUUUUUGAUGAAGCCAAAGGCGAGAUCUGGUCAAGGUCAAUUUUGAUUAAUCCCCUCUUUCCUUCAGAGAGAACUAAUCUUUGUUCAUUAAGUCCUCUCUGCAACAUGGCUGAGCUGUUUUUUUGUUUACACUAAACCUUAAUUGCCUUUCUGAAGACAUCCUUGAUGUUGUCACUAAAGCUUUGUAGUAAUAAAUUAUUUUUGGAUAGGGAGGAGGAAUUUUCAUACUCCCUAACCAAUACUCUGCAGCACUAUGAUAUCACAUGUGAUAGUCACUUAAAUCCUAUCUCUGCUUUGAAUUCAACAGACCCUACAUUUAAAGUACACCCUUCUCAUUCUUCGAGAAACAAGAGAGAAGCUCAUGGCUUUACCAAAUAUCUCCAAAGCUACCACUAGGAUCACAAAACAAAUCACAAUCUGUGGUAAGUUACAAGAAAAAGAAAAACUGAUAUUGUUAUGUAUUUCAAAUUUACAGUCAAGCCAGGUCAAGCCUACCCCCCAAAAUUCCAUUAAUGAAUUUAUUAUUCGAAAGUUGAGUCCGUUGGCAGUUGUAGAUUUCAGAUUCAUCUCUACAUUCUUGCAUGCGUAAUGAGCCGUGAAUUGACAUGCGAUUCAUUUACAAAAUUUCUACCAGCUCAGUUUCCCUGAAUUUGAUGUAAAUGUUUUCAAAGAAUUUUAAUUCAUUCAAAGAUUUUCAAUCUGACAUACAGACAAGUUCUCGUAAAUUAUUCACUGCUCAU